UGUGUGAUUGUGAAUUGGUGUAAAUAUAAGCAGGAGCCGCAUAUUAGAAGUGACAUGUUUUGGAGCAAAUUUUAUCGUUUUUCUUUGCCGUCAACAUGUACUCAAAAAUAGGCACGUGUUUACGCAAUCGGCUCAUUUCUAAGGGCUUUAAAAGAGACACGUUUUGUUUGCUCUUUAGCACCAAAACAGAGGACGAAGUGAAGAACUUCAUCAUUGACAACACAGAAAUAGUGAGCGGCCGAAGUUUAACCCCAGAGAUUUCUUUAAGGUUGAUCACACCGAACUGCCGCUUUUGGACCGAGAAACCUGAAUUAUGGCCAUUCUCUGACCCUUUUUGGGCGAUUUAUUGGCCUGGCGGACAAGCACUGGCUAGGUAUCUCUUAAAUAACCCUCGGAUUUCUAGGGGGAGGAAAGUUCUGGAUCUCGGUUGCGGAAGUGGAGCUUCGGCUAUUGCUGCCAAACUCACCGGAGCUUCCAGUGUGGUGGCCAAUGACAUUGAUCCAGUUGCUGCUGUUGCCACAAAAAUGAACUGUGAACUGAACGACUUGGAGCCCUUGACCUGUCUCACAGAGAACAUGAUUGGUUUAGUACCUGAUCAGUGGGACCUCAUCCUUCUUGGUGACAUGUUCUAUGAUGAAGUUCUUGCUGACGGUCUGCAUCAGUGGCUCCAGAUGUGCAUUAUAACACAUGGCACCCAUGUGCUCAUUGGUGACCCGGGACGAGCUCAGUUUGAGAGCCAUGACAUCCGGAAACGAUUACAUGAGGAGGCACGCUUUGAGCUACCAGACUCGGUCAAAGAAGAGAAUUAUGGACUUACUAGUAGCACAGUGUGGCGCUACAGACCUGACCUCUAACAUUUGUUUAUAUGUUGUUCAUAUGUCAGAAAGUGUAGAUAUUUUUCCUUUGAUAAAAAUGCUCUUUGGAACGUGAGAUAAAAAAAAAAGCUGAUGUCAUUCUGCAGCACAGCCAUUUAUAUUUAUUACUAUUGUUAUGGAAGGUUGGUCUUGAAUGCAGGACGAAAUAUUGCAGACAAAGGUCCAGCUGCCAAAGAAUUAAAACUUAAUUCGCUCGAGCCAGCUUUUUGGGUCAACGUUUAUACCAAAACUUUCAAGAGGUUUAUCUUGUAUUAAAUCAAUCAGAUAACUUCAGGUUAUCGUUACUUUUUUAUUAACUUAUCCCCUUUCUCCUCCGCCACAAUUAGUUACUAGGCAUAUUGAUUCAUUUGUAAUUUUGGCAAACUGCAUUCUUUUUGUUUUUUUAUAAAAACGUUUUCAUUGAGACAACUCAAGUUUUGACAGUAUUCUCCAUGGUGAAUAUAAACAUGUUUUCCCAAUAUUACUGAACUGAGAUCGUUUGGAAAGUACCCAGGAUUCACAGACUUUCAAACAAUAUGUUGGUUUGAUUGGGUCUUUCAUAUUAUUAGACAUCAUUGGAUUAUUUUAUAAUGCCCAAAUGUGCAUUUAAAGGGGCAUUUGUGUAAAUCAAUAUUAAAUUAAUAUACAUAAUUUGUAAUUUAGUCAUUUGGCAGACGCUUUGAUUUACAGUGCACUUAUUACAGGGACAAUCCCCCUGGAGGAGUAAAGUAUCUUGCUCAAGGACAUACUGGUGGUGGCUGCUGGGAUCGAACCAGCAACCUUUGAUUUACCAGUUCAGUGGUUUAACCCACUAGACCACCAUCAUACGUGAGAUGUUACCUAUUGUAACAUAUCGUGCACAAGUAUAUUCACUCCUUAUGUGUUUGUGAAAACAUAUCACAUGUUUGAGAAAUUUCUCCAUACACUACAUGUAUUUUCAUUGUAUGUUUAUCAGGUUCCACUGUUGUUGGAAAUACAAACAAAAUAUGAACACAACACUAUUUUUACAUAAUAAAUAUUUUCAUAAUAGUAAAUGAUACAA